AUGUGUGCGGCGUUGGAGCCGGCAGCCUCGGCGCUCCCCGGUUCACCGCGUUCCUACUGCCCCUGCCGAAAUAUCGGGGUCCUCCUGCCUGCAGCUGGGACCCCCUGCCCCGAGCCCCCUCCAGCUGGACCGGCUCCUCCAGCACUACACAUGGCCAUGCAUCACUGUGCAUCACUCUGCAUCGCUGUGCAUUGCCGUGCAUCACCAUGCACCACUGUGCAUCACUGCAUCGCUGUGCAUUGCCGUGCAUCACCAUGCACCACUGUGCAUCACUCUGCAUCGCUGUGCAUCACCAUGCAUCACUGUGCAUCACUCUGCAUCGCUGUGCAUUGCCGUGCAUGA